AUGCCGUCUCGUUUGCUCUCCUCUUCCAGAGAAGGAAUGGCGUUGAGCGCUAACCUGUGUCGUGUGACUCUGGGGGUCGAGGGCAUGACCUGCGGCUCCUGUGUCCAUUCCAUUGAGGGCCGGAUUGGGGGUCUACAAGGUGUCAUUCAUAUACAGUGGUUGAAGGUUUGCUCUGGUGGGUCAGAAAGCUUGUACAUGCCGUCUCGUUUGCUCUCCUCUUCCAGAGAAGGAAUGGCGUUGAGCGCUAACCUGUGUCGUGUGACUAUGGGGGUCGAGGGCAUGACCUGCGGCUCCUGUGUCCAUUCCAUUGAGGGCCGGAUUGGGGGUCUACAAGGUGUCAUUCAUAUACAGGAGGCCGCUGUACUGUACCUGCCUUGCAUCGUCACGGUGGAUGAGAUUGUGAACCAAAUCGAGGUGGCUGGUUUCAAAGCCAUUGUUAAAGCAAAACCUCGUCAGUUAAAGCUUUCAGCUAGUGAAGUCGAGCGCCUGCUCAGCGCUCACAAACAGGAGGAGAAGGCUUCAGAGCCGUGCACAGACUCCAGCAUCACGACAGUGUUUCAGCUGACGGGAAUGCACUGCAAGUCUUGCGUGGUCAAUAUUCAGGACAAUAUAUCCAAGCUGCCUGGAGUGAGUUCGGUCGUUGUGUCCUUGGAGAACAGACAAGCUACGAUUCAGCACAACCCAAAACAAGCCUCAGCGGUGGAGCUACAGAAAUCCAUCGAAGCCCUUCCUCCAGGGGAUUUUAAAGCUAUCCUCCCAGCUUCCCCAGAGCCAGGCUUCCUCCAGCCGCUGGUAUCAGUCGCGGAGAUCCACAUCGAGGGCAUGACCUGUGGCUCCUGUGUUCAGUCCAUCGAGGGCAUGAUCUCCCAGAAGAAAGGCGUGAGAUCGGCCCAAGUGUCACUGGCCAAUCAUCAGGGAACCUUUGAGUAUGACCCUUUAGUGACGACCCCUGAGGAGCUGAGGGCCGCCGUAGAGGACAUGGGCUUUGAUGCUUUUCUCCCUGAGACAAAUUCAUUGGUGCCUUCAGUGGUCAAAAGCCCAUCGCCUCCAGCACCGUCUGUCCUGAGCUCGUCGUUAUCUCCGGUCUGGUCAGCCGUGAAAGAGGAUGAAGCAGAGAGUGACGCUGAGCCUGCAACAAACACGAUUUCCAAAUGUUUUAUCCAGAUUGGUGGAAUGACCUGUGCCUCCUGCGUGGCCAACAUUGAGAGGAACCUCAAGAACGAGCAUGGUGUACACUCAGUUUUGGUUGCACUGAUGGCCAGUAAAGCCGAGGUUCGAUUCAGCCCGUCGAUCAUCGAUCCUCAGAGAAUAGCGGAGUUUAUCCGAGAGCUCGGCUUCACGGCUUCAGUGAUGGAGAAUUAUGACGGCUCUGAUGGGAUUCUGGAGCUUGUGGUCAGAGGGAUGACAUGUGCCUCCUGUGUUCACAAAAUUGAGUCUAACCUGAUGAAGCAGAAGGGCAUCCUCUAUGCUUCAGUUGCCCUGGCAACUAAUAAAGCCCACAUCAGACAUGACCCAGAAGUGACCGGCCCGAGAGAUAACUUGGGAUUUACAGCCUCUCUGGUGAAGAAAGAUCGUCCUGGCAGUCACUUGGAUCACAGCCGUGAGAUCCAACAAUGGAAGAGAUCGUUCCUCAUCAGCUUGUUUUUCUGCGUGCCUGUUAUGGGCAUGAUGAUCUACAUGAUAAUCGUGGAUCACCAGAUCGACAUGUCCCACCACCACAACACCACGGCCGAGGACAGAGAGAAGUACCAUUCCACCAUGUUCCUGGAGAAACAGCUUCUGCCGGGCCUCUCCAUCAUGAACCUGAUCUCGUUUCUCUUCUGUGUCCCUGUGCAGGUCGGUUACCUGCCAUUUAUCGGUGGGCGGUAUUUCUACGGUCAAGCCUAUAAAGCUGUCAAGCACAGGACGGCCAAUAUGGAUGUGCUGAUUGUUCUGGCAACAACAAUUGCAUUCACAUACUCAGUGGUGAUUCUCCUGGUUGCCAUGGUGGAGGGAGCGAAAGUGAACCCCAUCACCUUUUUUGAUACUCCACCCAUGCUGUUUGUCUUCAUCUCGCUGGGCAGGUGGCUGGAGCAGAUAGCAAAGAGUAAGACCUCGGAGGCUCUGUCCAAGCUGAUGUCUUUACAGGCGACAGAGGCCACGGUUGUUACACUGAAUGAUGACAUGUCUGUGUUAAGCGAGGAGCAGGUGGAUGUGGAGCUGGUUCAGAGAGGAGAUGUUGUGAAGGUUGUGCCCGGAGGGAAAUUUCCAGUCGAUGGCAGAGUGAUUGAAGGACACUCGAUGGCAGACGAGUCUCUCAUUACAGGUGAAGCCAUGCCCGUCACUAAGAAGCCGGGGAGCACCGUGAUCGCAGGCUCCAUCAAUCAGAACGGCUCUCUGCUGAUCAAAGCCACUCACGUGGGCACAGACACCACCCUCUCUCAGAUCGUCAAACUGGUGGAGGAGGCGCAGACUUCAAAGGCUCCCAUCCAGCAGUUUGCGGAUAAGAUCAGCGGCUACUUCGUCCCGUUCAUCGUUGGGGUUUCCUUCCUGACUCUCGUAGCCUGGAUUCUGAUUGGAUUUGUGAACUUUCCGCUUGUGGAGAAGUAUUUCCCUGGUUAUGAUAAGAGCAUCUCUGAGGCAGAGGCGGUCAUCCGCUUCGCCUUCCAGGCCUCCAUCACGGUCCUCUGCAUCGCCUGCCCCUGCUCUCUGGGUCUGGCCACCCCGACUGCGGUUAUGGUGGGGACCGGUGUGGGAGCCCAGAACGGGAUCCUCAUCAAGGGAGGAGAGCCCUUAGAGAUGGCACACAAGAUUCAGUGUGUGGUGUUUGAUAAAACCGGCACCAUCACGUAUGGCGCUCCCAAAGUGGUCCAGGUGAAGAUGCUGGCGGAGGGGAACCGGAUACCACGCUCUAAGCUGCUGGCGAUCAUCGGCACUGCUGAAAAUAACAGUGAACAUCCACUGGGUGCUGCCAUCACCAAAUAUUGCAAACAGGAGCUGGGUACGGAGUCUCUCGGCACCUGUACAGAUUUCCAGGCCGUGCCGGGUUGUGGGAUCAGGUGUCUGGUCAGUAACACAGAAAACCUGCUGAAGAGAGACGACAGCGACAGCGAGGAGAACCAGCGCAAUGCCGUCUUGAUCCAGAUCAGCGACACCAGAGCGCUCAGCAGUGACCACCCGCUCAUCAUGGACCCGCAGCCGCUCGUCCAGACGGCCUCGUUCACCGUGCUGAUAGGGAACAGAGAGUGGAUGAGGAGGAGCGCGCUGCAGGUGCGAGCAGAUGUGGAUGAAGCCAUGACGGAGCACGAGAAGAGAGGACGCACUGCAGUGCUGGUGGCUGUGGACAAUGAGCUUUGUGCAAUGGUGGCCAUAGCAGACACGGUGAAGCCUGAGGCUGAGCUGGCCGUCCACACUCUCACAGCAAUGGGGCUGCAGGUCGUGCUGAUGACGGGAGACAACAGCAAAACAGCCCGAGCCAUCGCUGCCCAGGUGGGCAUCAGGAAGGUGUUUGCAGAAGUCUUGCCAUCUCACAAGGUGGCGAAAGUGGAGCAGCUCCAGCUAGCGGGAAAACGCGUCGCAAUGGUGGGCGAUGGAGUGAACGACUCGCCGGCGCUGGCCAUGGCAGAUGUGGGCAUCGCUAUAGGCACGGGCACGGAUGUAGCCAUCGAGGCAGCCGACGUGGUGCUCAUCAGGAAUGAUCUUCUUGAUGUUGUUGGGAGUAUCGACCUUUCUAAGAAGACAGUGAAAAGAAUCAGAAUCAACUUUGUGUUUGCGCUGAUCUACAAUCUUGUGGGGAUUCCCAUUGCUGCAGACAGGAAUGAUCUUCUUGAUGUUGUUGGGAGUAUCGACCUUUCUAAGAAGACAGUGAAAAGAAUCAGAAUCAACUUUGUGUUUGCGCUGAUCUACAAUCUUGUGGGGAUUCCCAUUGCUGCAGGUGUGUUUAUGCCGGUGGGUUUGGUGCUGCAGCCCUGGAUGGGCUCUGCUGCGAUGGCUGCCUCCUCUGUGUCUGUAGUGCUGUCUUCCCUCCUACUCAAAUGCUACACUAAACCCAGCGCUGAGAAACUGGAGAGACGACUGGGCGAGGUGAGAAGACACGGCAGCCUGUCUGAAGUCAGCGUUCACAUCGGCAUGGGAGAGCUGCGCCGGCCCUCGCCCAAACUCAGCCUGCUCGACCGCUUCGUCAACUACAGCCGGGCCUCCAUCAACUCGCUGCGCUCCGACAAGCACUCGAUGAACAGCAUGGCCCUCAGCGAGCCCGACAAGCACUCUCUGCUGGUGGGAGACGCUCACUGCGAGGAGGAGGUGGUCUGA